GACACUGCUACAUACCACAGAACACUACUCCGUAUUAAUCUUCUGUUUAUUCUGAGAACUGUCAGACAUAAUUACCCUCUAUCUGUUACAGCAUGCUGCUAUUCUCUGCAUGUCUUCCGUCACAUUGAGCAAGACAUGGAUUGUCGUAUGUUGGUUCAUAUGCCGACAUGCUACAGAGAAAAUACUGUCGAGUUUACCCUCAUCCAGUGCCAGUAAAGAAAGCCUCACAACGACAAGGUAUCUUAGUACUAGGAUCGUAACAAGGCGACAUAUAACUGGGUCGAGCUCAAGCAUCGUUGGGGACCCAUAUUCAACAUCACGUGAUACUGGAAUGUCAACAGACUUGUCGUCAUACUCACCCUACCCCAUACUAUCGUCCCACAUAAUUAUUGUCAAUCUGUAUUUCAUGCAAGUUGGUGCUCUCAUUUGGCCUUUUAAUAGUCGUCCAAAAAGCUCCGUUUAUAACCAAAACUCGACACCUAAGUAGUGCGCCAAUGACACAACGUAGAGAACCGACAAAUUGUUAGUCAUCAAUCACGGGAUCCUUUAGUUAUGCCUCAGGUAUCAGCUUUACUGGCGAAGAAGGACCAUGAAUUGAGUACCUUCAUUAAGCCAUAGAUCUACUAAACAAAGGGAAAAAAAGAAAGAAUCAGCAGAACCUG